GGAGGGCGAGAGAGAGAGACACGGACCGACUUUAGUUGUACCGCGUAAAACCGUUAAAAACAGGAGUACUAAAGCAGUGGAAGUGCGGGACUCCACACACACACACGCACGCACACGCACACACCGACACAUUUGCGACACAUUUUCCCCCCUGGAGCUCGGGGGUUAGCGUCCGCUACUCUCCUGCAAUGGAUAGAGUUUUAACUUGGCUCCUGGCUGUACUCAGUUUACUGCUUUCAGUUCGAGGACAAGUAUUCCGAGGAGACUGUAACUUCGAAAGGCCCUACUCAGAGUGUGGCUACAGCCAAGGCAAAGAUGAUGACUUUGACUGGGAACAGGUCAACACGAAGCUGAGGCCAUCGACAGACCCCUGGAUACUAGCAGGCUCAGCCUUUAUGAUGGUCAACACUUCUGGAAGGUUCCCUGGACAGAGAGCUCAACUGGUUGUCCCUCAGCUGAAGGAGAACGAUACACACUGCCUUAUAUUCCAGUAUUAUGGAGCCAGUGGUGAAGGUUCGAGUCCUGGCCAGCUCUAUAUCUAUGUCAAAGAGAACAACAGUCCAGUGGGUUUCCCUGUGUGGAACUCAACUGGACCUGCCUUUCAUACAUGGAGGCAAGUUGAACUGGCAGUCAGCACCUUCUGGCCCAACUUUUACCAGCUCAUCUUUGAAGUAGUGACCUCAGGACAGCCGGGGUUUCUGGCUAUUAAGGACAUUUCCCUCCAGGGACAUCAAUGCAUGAGCACGCCACACUUCCUGCAUAUUAAAGGUGUAGAGGUUAAUGCCAGGCAAACAGCUACUUUCCACUGUACCAUAAACGGCCAGCCCAAGGACCAUGUCAACUACAAACUGUGGUUACAGGGUAUCGGAGGCCGAGAGGCUCUGAUGAAGGACACUAAGCCAGUGAACCUCAGACGCUACACGGCAACGUUUGAUGUGGUGAACACAACCAAGGGGGAUUCAGGCCGUUACCGCUGCAUCGUCCAAUCAGACAAGGGAGUGGGAGUGUCCAGCUACGCUGAGCUCAUAGUGAAGCAACCACCAAUCCCAAUCGCACCACCUCAGCUGACUGCAGUGGGUGCCACCUAUCUGUGGAUCCAGCUCAAUGCUAACUCAAUCAACGGUGACGGCCCUAUCAUUGAGAAAGAAGUGGAGUACCGCACCAUGUCCGGAAGCCUGAUUGACAACCAGCCCGUGGAUAAGCCGAACCACAAGAUCGGCCACCUUGACCCAGACACUGAGUAUGAGAUCAGUGUUCUUCUAACAAGACCCAAUGAGGGUGGCACUGGAGCUCCAGGUCCACCACUGCGUGCCAGGACCAAGUGUGCUGACCCUAUGCACGGCCCUCGGAGGUUGGAGGUGGUGGAUAUCAAAUCCAGGCAGUUCACUGUACGCUGGGAGCCAUUCGGCUACAACGUGACCCGAUGCCACACCUACAACCUGACAGUGGAGUACCGCUACAAAGUGAACGGCAAGGAGGAGACACGAGAGGAAGUGUGCUACGAGUUGCAGAGCCCGACCCCGCAACACACCAUCCGCAACCUGUCGCCCUACACCAACGUCAGUGUCAAGCUGGUGCUGCGAAACCGAGAGGGUGAAAAGGAGAGUCAGGAGCUGGACGUUCUCACAGAUGAGGAUGUACCAGGUGCCGUGCCCCUUGAGUCCAUCCAGGGAAGUACAUAUGAAGAGAAGAUCGCCCUCAAAUGGCGAGAGCCCAUCCAGACGUACGGAAUCAUUAAGCAAUAUGAAAUAUUCUACAAGGCCGUGAGCUCCUUUGACCCAGAGUUCAACCUGGCCAAUCAGAGUGGGAAGGUGUUAAAGCCCAGUAAUGAAACAUCUCACGUGUUUACGGGGCUGUACCCAGGCUCCACCUACUCAUUUACCAUCAGAGCCAGCACUGUCAAAGGCUAUGGUUCUCCGGCCUUCACCCAGUUUACCACUAAGAUCUCGUCUCCGCACAUGCCUGGCUAUGAUCAGGAGACACCUCUCAACCAGACGGACAGCACUGUAACAGUCUUGCUCAAGCCUGCACAGAGCAGAGGGGCACCAGUCAGCGUGUACCAGGUAGUGGUAGAGGAAGAGCGGCCACGCCGUGCGCAGCGCACUGCUGAGAUUCUGCGCUGCUAUCCCAUCCCCAUCCACUUCCAGAACGCCACUGUGCUCAGCUCACCGUAUUACUUCACCGCAGAGUUCCCAGCUUCCCGUGUCCACAGCCCUCUGGCUUUCACAAUCGGAGACAACAAAACCUAUGAGGGCUACUGGAACGCCCCACUGCUGCCCCAUAAGAGCUACAGCAUCUACUACCAGGCUGUCAGCAAGGCCAACGGGGAGACAAAAAUCGAUUGUGUUCGUGUGGCCACUAAAGCCGCCAUUAUUGUGACCCAGCUCACCACGCCGUACGUACGCAUCGCACCGGCUGCAGGCGACAGCCAGCUAACAGGGGCAGCGACCAGGAAACCUGAUGCAGUGGAACCAGGAAAACCAACAGACCACACAGUGAAGAUUGCCGGAGUCAUAGCUGGCAUCCUCCUCUUUGUCAUCAUCUUCCUUGGUGUAGUGCUGGUCAUGAAAAAAAGAAGAACCUAUCACUCCUACACUUAUUACCUGAAACUUGCAAAGAAGCGUAAGGAGACCCUGAGCAGCAGCACAAGGCAGGAGAUGACAGUGAUGGUGAACUCUAUGGAUAAAAGCUACACAGAGCAGGGCACCAAUUGUGACGAGGCCAUCUCCUUCAUGGACACCCACAACCUCAAUGGAAGAACUGUUUCCUCACCGUCAUCAUUUACCAUGAAGACUAACACACUCAGCACUUCGGUGCCCAACACCUAUUACCCAGACCCCUUUGUGCCAACUGCCAUUUUAGAUGAGAACCACACGAUGACCAGCGAGACCAGCAGCCUGGUUCAGUCCCACACUCAUUCCUUUAAGAAAAGGGAGGCAGUGGAUGUGCCCUACCAGACAGGGCAGCUCCACCCGGCCAUCCGCGUGGCAGAUCUGCUUCAGCACAUCACCCAGAUGAAAUGUGCUGAGGGCUAUGGCUUCAAGGAGGAGUACGAGAGUUUCUUCGAAGGGCAGGCCGCACCCUGGGACUCUGCAAAGAAAGAUGAGAACAGGAUGAAGAACCGUUAUGGGAACAUCAUUGCAUAUGACCACUCCCGUGUACGACUGCAGGCUAUAGAGGGGGAGCAGAGCUCAGAUUAUAUUAAUGCAAAUUAUAUUGAUGGAUACCAUCGACCAAAUCACUACAUAGCUACCCAAGGACCCAUGCAAGAAACAGUCUACGACUUCUGGAGAAUGGUGUGGCAAGAGAACACGGCAACCAUUGUCAUGGUGACUAACCUGGUGGAAGUUGGCAGGGUUAAGUGUUGCAAGUACUGGCCAGAUGACACGGAGAUCUACCGAGACAUGAAGGUGACACUGAUCGAGACACAGCUGCUCUCAGAAUAUGUCAUUCGAACCUUCGCUGUGGAAAAGCGAGGAGCUCAUGAGAUCAGGGAGAUCAGGCAGUUCCAUUUCACUGGCUGGCCGGACCAUGGAGUACCGUACCACGCUACAGGCCUGCUGGGCUUCAUCCGCAGAGUCAAAUCCAAGAGCCCAGCUAAUGCCGGCCCAAUGGUGGUCCACUGCAGUGCCGGUGCUGGCCGUACGGGCUGCUUUAUUGUCAUUGACAUCAUGUUGGACAUGGCUGAGCGUGAGGGUGUGGUGGACAUCUAUAACUGCGUGCGAGAGCUCCGCUCACGCAGGGUCAACAUGGUUCAGACAGAGGAGCAGUAUGUGUUCAUCCAUGACGCCAUCUUGGAGGCGUGUUUGUGUGGUGACACCACCAUUCCAGCCAAUCAGCUGCGUUCAGUGUAUUAUGACAUGAACCGUCUAGAUCCUCAGACCAACUCCAGCCAAAUUAAGGAGGAGUUCAGAACUCUGAACAUGGUCACGCCGACGCUGCGUGUAGAGGACUGCAGCAUUGCUCUGCUGCCGAGGAACCAUGAGAAGAACCGGUGCAUGGAUGUGCUACCACCUGACCGCUGCCUGCCUUUCCUCAUCACUAUUGAUGGAGAGAGCAGCAACUACAUCAACGCUGCCCUCAUGGAUAGCUACAAGCAACCAUCUGCUUUCAUCGUUACCCAGCAUCCUUUGCCCAACACUGUAAAAGACUUCUGGAGGCUGGUCCUGGACUACCACUGCACAUCUAUAGUAAUGCUGAACGAUGUGGAUCCUGCCCAGCUGUGUCCACAGUACUGGCCUGAGAAUGGCGUACACAGACAUGGACCUAUUCAGGUGGAGUUUGUAUCUGCCGAUUUAGAGGAGGAUAUUAUUAGUAGGAUAUUCCGCAUCUAUAAUGCUGCACGGCCACAGGACGGAUACCGCAUGGUCCAGCAGUUUCAGUUCCUGGGCUGGCCCAUGUACCGAGACACACCUGUGUCCAAGCGCUCAUUCCUCAAAUUAAUCCGGCAGGUGGACAAGUGGCAAGAGGAGUACGAUGGAGGAGAGGGACGCACUGUGGUGCACUGCCUAAAUGGAGGUGGACGAAGUGGGACUUUCUGUGCAAUCAGUAUUGUGUGUGAGAUGCUACGGCACCAGCGCUCUGUGGAUGUAUUUCACGCUGUCAAAACACUGAGGAACAACAAGCCCAACAUGGUAGAUCUCUUGGAUCAGUAUAAAUUCUGCUAUGAAGUGGCACUGGAGUACUUGAAUUCAGGCUAAGUUGUCCAGAUGCGGCUGUCCCCCUUCCCAUCCCUUGCUGUCCCUCAGCCCUUUCUUUCCUCGGAUAGAGACUAUGCCACACAUGAAUGUUGAAGUGCUGGACUGGAAAUGUGAGGAGGUGUGCUGCUUGGACCACUGUGGCCAUGAUGUUGGCUGAAUGUGGCCAGAAAACGGUCUUCAGGGUCGAACCAGAGGACGGCACGCUUGCACUGCCCAGCUGAACUGUCCACAGUUGAACUUUGAACUCUAACCCUAUUCCCUCGCUUGUCCCUUCUGCUCUCUGUAUGUACAUUUCAGCGUGAGUUGGACAGGUCACACACUCCCGCACUCACGUGACACACCUUCUAUUCCACGAGCACACUGAUGUACUUUGCUCCCCAGUCGUCCACAUCUCACCGCUGCUUUACAUGUUUCCGCAGGUUUUUUAAAUGUUUUUUUGUUUUCGUUUUUUUUUUUCCUCUUGCCUGUGACACCUCUGUCUUGCCUUUUUAUCCUCGGUGGAUGAUAGCUGUCAUUUCCAUUUUUGUGGAGAAUGCGAUAUAUGGCUAAUGUGGCUGUGUUUAUUUUUUAAUCACUGAUUUGUUUUUUAUUUGAUUUUUUUGGUUGUAAAUGAAAUUCGAGGCAGAAUGACGUGUAGCUGAAGUUCAAAAUGGCAUUAAGAGCACGGAUCCUAAAGGUUGCAUUGACAUUAUUGUGAUUGCUUGUGAAAUGUUGUUGUGUUUAUUGUUGAAGCGAUCCACAAGCAAGCUUAAUGUCAUGUCAAAAGAUCCAAAGCUUAUAUUUGUGACCAUUUGUUAAUACUGUAAAUACUUGAAGGUUGGCAGAUUAUUUAUUCAUUGAAGGUUUUUUUUGUUUGUUUUUUUUUUUUUUUUUUUUUUUUUCAAGUUUCGUUUUGUUUUGUUUUUAUUUUUGUGAAGCACAUUGAGUGACAAUCAUGUUUUUAUUUGGUCAUUAUUAUUUUUCUCUUUUGUCAGGCUUGGCAUAAUAAUGGUGACCAGGAUGUGAUGUUAUGUUUUUAUUUAUCUUAUAUGGAAAAAAAAUUACAAAUACAUACAUAUCUAUACUGA